AUGAAAAGAAAGAAUCGAACUAGGCCUCUGCGACGUUUCUGCGCAGGAGGAUCCAAGCUGAACAAAGGGCAACGUAGCACUGCACAUGUAAAUUCCAAACAACAACAGCAGCAGCAAGAAGAAAAGCUUGAGAGUCUUGAAGCGAAAUACAGUCGAUUGGGCACAGAUGAUGCUGAACUAGCGUCGUCGACCUCGAAUUACCCGUGGCACCUAAUUCCUCCUCGAAUCGGGCUUGAUCAGCAUAAUAGUAGUAGUGCUCGGCACCGGCAACUGCAAUUGCAAUUGCAGUUGCGCUUGCCCUUGCUCCAGCAGCUCUGCGCUGAGCAAAUUGCCUAUUCCACCGCUGGGCUCACCACAGGCUUGUUGCGCCGGUUGCCGUGGCGUAUCGCCAAAAAAAUCUGGGAGCUGAUCUUGUUCAACAACAUGGACUCCUUUGACAUCUACGCGAAAUUUGCACUCAUAUUUGGCCAUCUGGUGGACUUUAGAAGCCACGCGUAUGAUAUCCAAACUGUGACAAGUCGCGCCGCCGUGUUGCGCAAGUUGAAGGUUCCUCAAGGCCAUUAUCGCAUGGACUGCGUACCGGGGGACGUCUCCGUUGACGAACUCGCCAUGCAACUAGCUCGAGUCAAACACCGCGUGGUGUUGGAUAUACGAGACUCCAGCUGGCCAAGGGAAGCUUAUUUCAAUCUAUACAACGUGCCAAACUUGUAUGGUUUAAGUUUCAACCAUUCAAGCAUUGACGAUUCUUUCCUAUACAACUUGGGUUCGGCUUUGGUGUCUAGUUGCAAACUUGCGCGUUUGGAGUUUGUCAAGAUUCACGACACCAAAGUUACGGCGCAAGGUGUGCAAAGUUUUCUAAACUUGGUUUCUGGGUGUGAAAAGUGCCAGUUGAGUUACGUGCAGCUGGAUUACAGAGUCCUGGCCAAGUCUUGGUCGAUCAUGGACGAUACGCUCCGGCUGCUGUUUAAAAAUCAGCAGAUUGGAAUGGCAUUUACAAAGAUGCUUGAUGCUGGCACAGUCACCCGAAAAUCUUCUUCAUCUUCAUCUUCCUCAGCAGCAGAAUGCCAGCAAUUCAGAAUAGUGGACGUGUGCGUCAUGGGCGGUGUGUCUCCUCCAUACAGCGCCGACAAAUUAUGGGCUAAACGAGCAAGAACGGGACGCGUGACUCUGCUGGGUUUCAUCAACAUUCGACGGCCAACGCUGCCCAACAAGGCUAAAGAGUGUCCAUCUCGCAACGAAAUACAGCCGGCAUCUAAAAAGAGAAAAGUAGUCAAGACCAGUGCUAGGGACUAUUUCGGUAUAUAG